UGCCUAAUUUUACAUUUUCCUCGCAUACAUAAAAUAAUUUUUUCAUUUUUAGACAUAAAUUUAAAAAAAUUUCUAAUAUUUACGAUGUCCGCUAUCAAAUCUAAAGAUAAAACUGUUAAAAGAAAAAAUGUUCAAGUUGCUGUUAGAAUCAGACCGCUGAGCGAUAUUGAACGCUCUGGAUGUAACAAAAAUAUUGUUUCGUGUGACCGUGUAGCAAGGACUGUUUCGUGCAAAGCUGUUGGCUUCUCUGAUUCUUCACGGUUCGGUCAAGGACAAAAAUGUUUUGGACCUUAUGAUAAGAAUCUACUCAAAUGGAAGUUUACGAGGGUGUUCUUGCACCAUUAA